UAUUCUCAAUGUCAUGGACAGGAAUGAGGUUUCUCCGGCGUCUGCUGCCGCCAUGAAGAAGGAGGCGGCGGCGGCGGGAUGCGCUCACAUCAGCGCGCACAAAUGCUCAAGACGAGCGAGCUGUCAGAACUGUCUGGACUCCCCGGGUUCUCCCGUCAAGCCGCCCGGAGCGGCCAGAGACGUCGUGAUGGAUGAGACGGAGGACGCAGAAGAGGAGUCCAAGUUCCAGCAUCCGCGGUUGCGCCGAGCCGGGGGGAGCGGUAGCGGCGGAGGUGGAGGUGGAGGAGGCGGCAGCAUUCGGAUGAAAAACUUUACGCCAGGAGGGGGAGCCGCGUCCUCGGCUACAGGGCGACACUCCAGCAAGGAGCCCUGCCUUCCGCACGCAGAGGACGCCCCUGCCGCCCCACGGCCCACUGCUGCCUCCAACACCGAGAGCCACACACCUUGUCCGGGCGAUGCUGCCCUGCGCGGGGCGGAGGCGUCGGAACCAGCAGGCGCGGUAGACGCCGCGUUCAACGCGACCACGGGUGAUGUUUGCGCCAGAAAAUCCAGCAUGAAAUGCAACAAAAACGGAGAAUGCAGGAGGGACUCUGGCACCGGGAGCCUGCGCUCGAUCAUCUCCAAGCAGGAGAAGCAGACCGGAGGGUCGGGGAGGGCCGAGGACGCCAAGAGAGCGGCUUGUAACUCGACCACCGCCAGCAUGGACGGCUCCAUCACCCCCGGAGGGUCUCUCGCUGGGGGGCAAGGAGGAGAGAGCGUCAACCCGGGGAGCGGUGCCCCUGAGAAGAAGGACUCCAAGGUGUCCUUCUCAAACGCACCGAGCCGCAAAGCCUCGUCCUCCUUACACGGCCCGACCCAGACCCAGCAGCCUCGGAACUCGGUCACCUUCCAGAAGCCGGAGGAUGGACCUCCGAUCGUGGCCGCCGAGGAUGCGGAGACCCGGGGCAGCCAAGCCAGCUUCAUGCAGCGGCAGUUCAGUAGCAUGCUGCAGCCUGGAGUCAACAAAUUCUCCUUACGCAUGUACGGCAGCCAGAAAGCGGUGGAGAGGGAGCAGGAGCGGGUCAAGUCAGCCGGGAACUGGAUCAUUCAUCCUUACAGCGAUUUCAGGUUCUACUGGGAUUUCACAAUGCUGCUGUUCAUGGUGGGCAACCUCAUCAUCAUCCCUGUGGGCAUCACCUUCUUCAAGGACGAGACCACCACGCCCUGGAUCAUCUUCAACGUGGUCUCGGACACUUUCUUCCUUAUGGACCUGGUGCUCAACUUCCGCACCGGAAUCAUCAUAGAGGACAACUCGGACAUCAUUUUGGACCCUAAGACCAUUAAGAAACAGUAUCUAAAGACGUGGUUCAUAGUAGACUUUGUCUCCUCGAUCCCCGUGGAUUAUAUAUUCCUCAUAGUUGAGAAGGGCAUCGACUCUGAGGUGUACAAGACUGCCAGAGCCUUGAGAAUUGUCCGCUUCACCAAAAUCCUGAGUCUCCUGAGACUGUUGAGGCUCUCCAGAUUAAUACGCUACAUCCACCAAUGGGAAGAGAUCUUCCACAUGACCUAUGACCUUGCCAGUGCGGUGAUGCGGAUCUUUAACUUGAUCGGCAUGAUGCUGCUGCUGUGUCACUGGGACGGUUGCCUACAAUUCCUGGUUCCAAUGCUGCAGGACUUCCCCUCAGACUGUUGGGUGUCCCUCAACAAAAUGGAGAACGAUACCUGGUCCGAGCUUUACUCCUUCGCCGUGUUCAAGGCCAUGAGCCACAUGCUGUGCAUCGGAUAUGGCCGCCAAGCCCCCGAAAGUUUGUCGGACAUCUGGCUCACCAUGCUGAGUAUGAUUGUUGGAGCGACGUGCUACGCUGUUUUUAUCGGCCACGCAACCGCUCUGAUCCAAUCCCUGGACUCCUCCAGAAGACAGUACCAAGAGAAGUAUAAACAAGUGGAGCAGUACAUGUCCUUCCACAAGCUGCCAGCCGACUUCCGUCAGAAGAUCCACGACUACUAUGAACACAGAUACCAGGGGAAGAUGUUUGAUGAGGAGAGCAUUCUGGGAGAGCUCAGCGAGCCACUGCGAGAGGAAAUUGUCAACUUCAACUGCCGCAAGCUGGUGGCUUCCAUGCCGCUGUUUGCGAAUGCCGAGCCCAACUUUGUGACCGCCAUGUUAACCAAGCUGCGCUUUGAGGUUUUCCAACCUCAUGAUUACAUCAUAAGAGAAGGAACCAUUGGGAAGAAAAUGUAUUUCAUCCAGCACGGAGUCUGCAGCGUCAUCACAAAAGGAACCCUCGCUAUGAAGCUGUCAGACGGCUCGUAUUUCGGAGAGAUCUGUUUGCUGACAAGGGGUCGGCGGACGGCCAGCGUUCGAGCGGAGACCUACUGCCGACUGUACUCUUUGUCUGUCGACCACUUCAAUGAGGUGCUGGAGGAAUAUCCCAUGAUGAGACGAGCCUUUGAGACGGUCGCGAUUGAUCGCCUGGAUCGGAUAGGUAAAAAGAACUCCAUUCUCAUGCAUAAGGUGCAGCAUGAUCUCAACUCUGGUGUCUUCAACAACCGCGAGAACGAAAUGAUCCAGGAGAUUGUCAAGUACGACCGCGAAAUGGUGAAGCUGGUGGACCUGCAGCGGCCGAGGGCCAUGUCGAUGACCCCCUCCAUCGGCGGCAUCUUCGCUCCCCCGGGCCAGUCAGGCGGAGGAGGCUCUGCUAUCGCAACACUCCAGCAGGCAGUGGCCAUGAGCUUCUGCCCCCAGAUGGCCAGUCCCCUGGUCGGGCCGGGGACUCUGCAGUCUCCUCGUAUGGUGCGACGAUUCCAAAUGAUGCAGAACUUAUCCAGCCCAGUGUCCAUGUCUCCUCUUCAGCCUCAACCCCCUCAGACGCUUGGAGGGGUGUUCGGCUCGGCCAUUUCCAGCCCGCCUGUUCAAAGCCCUCUUGCUGCCACAGGACGGACUUUCCAAUACAUGGCAAGUGUAGGACCUUCUGGUUCCCAGUUGUCUUUAGUACAGCACCAUGUGCCCAGUCCUACACAGACCCAGCAGCGCGCUGCCUCACACAAAAGCACCCACUCACUUCAUACGGGCAGCUUGAGCCAGGACACCCGAGCACUGUCUGCCUCCCAGCCUUCACUCCCCCAGGAGGGAGCUCCGCACGCUGCCUCGGCAGCUCCCAGCCCUCCACCCUCCACCCGCACCUCCAACUCCUCCAUCGGCCCCUCUCAACCACCUCACCCCAAUCUUCCGGGGCCCUCAGGGGUCGGGAGAUCAGUGGGAGCUCAACAAAGAGUUGCCUUCGCCUCCACACCUCCUCCCAGUGGACCCACUGGAAUGGGAGCUGUAGCAGCAGCUGCCGGAUCGGUACCUCCAGACUCUGGAGUUCCCAAGAAAGAUUCAAUUGUCAGCCUUCCAGAGCUAGACUCUGCCAGAUCCCGGCUGUCUUCCAACUUGUGACCCUGGUAGAGUUCAGGAAAGAGGCCUUUUUUGUAAGUGAAUCAGUUUGUUUCCGGUCAAUUUGGCUGAUCCCUCAGCCUGCCAAUUGAUCAAACGGCUGCCCCCCCGAGCCACCAGUCACCUGACCGGGAUGCUCUGUGUGCGGCGUCAACAAGAGGAAGAGAGCAUCUCACAGUACUGAGACUUUGGCGAGGAGGAGUCAAUACAACUGAACUAGAGUAACUUAAGGUGGAACUGGUCGGAUCUACUGUGCCAGCACCUUUAGUCUUAGUAUCACCCCCUACACUCUGCUUCCAAACACCUACUGUAUAUCGCUGUCUUUACUGUAAAGAUAAGAAAAGUACGAUUAAUGUAACAUUUGCAAACUGUGUAGAAUCCAUGCAAUGCAAUCUAGCAGGAGCUGGACUUAAAAUGAAAAUCAGGGACUCGAGGUCAAAUGACAAUGACAUUUUAAGCGUUCAAAUGUGUUUUGAGUGACAUUCUUUUGCAUAAGCUGUCAUCGCGAAUAACACAUUGCUCUUCAUAUUGUUUAAAACAGUAGUCAAAGUAGUGUUUUAGACCGCUGGUCGAUCUUACAUCGAUGUGUAAAUACGUCAUGAAAAAAGUGUGGACGGAUAUUAUAUUCAUCGUGUCUACCCAAACCAAAGCUGGAACACAAAGUCUGGUUGUGUCUGUAUCAACUUAAAAAAAAAGAAACAUAGAGAGAGACAAAUGCCAUUUAUUUAACUGCCUUGAUUCAACGUUAGAAGCCAUAUAUUUGGUUGGUGUGUGUGUGUGUGCGGGUGAAUGUUUGCGUGCGCGUUUGUCAGUACGUUUUGAAUCUAUUUUCAGAGGACGGACCCGUGCACUCUCCCACUGGGCUUUGUAAUGGUUCAACACGCUGGCGGUUGCCCGUUUCCCCGCGACAUCUGGUCAGCCGUUGGUCAGCGGUGGUAGCCGUGGUGGCAAAGGUGGCUUGAAAACCUGAGCUUUAUCGAAAGGAAACAUUUGUGAUCAACUCAUACUUGCUUGUUUUUUUCUUUAUUUAUUGACACAUGCAAUAUAAUUCUGCAAUACUCUACCCCGCCUAUAUAUAUAAAUAUAUAUAUGAUAUAAAUAUCUAUACAUUUGCUGUACAGAAAAGUGAUUUUGUUUUAUUUUUUAAUGUGAAAUCUUUAAGAAUCCAGCAGCUAUCGUGGCUUCAACUGAAGUAUUGUAAUCCAGUGACCAUGUUGUUACCUUAACCAAAAAUGUUUGAGGGACUGAGUCGAUGUGUGCAGUCAUUUUUUUGUAUCGCACGUGUGGGGAGGACAGCAUUGAUCCAUCAAAUGUCACUUUAAGCUCAUGUGAAAGUUGCUAAAUUGUAAGACAGAAAUUGGGCAAUACAGGCAGGAAUAUGUCGCAUGUACGAUAACUCCAUACCAGACUGGGCCCGCUCCUCAUCCGGAUACUCAAUGAAUGUCUCAACAGUUAAAUCUACAGCAAUCCCAAAUGAACGGGUUGAGUUGAGGCUUUUUUUUUUUUUUUGCUUUGGUUUAUUUGCUUUCUGAUCCUCUUGAACCUGGAAGCCUUCUCUUGCUGAAUGUACGCCAUACGAGAAGGAGGACAGCUAAUCAGAUAUAAACUGCCAUGUAAAUAAAGUGGAAGCGAGUGAAACUUUACGACGCACGAAGGUUGUGGCUGUUGCUGUUUGUGUUGCCGAGUGUCUGCGUGAUGUUAAAACUUUAAAGCUUCUCUGGCUUGCUGCACUCAUCGGACCCUCCGCCCCCAGAUCUGAACAGAGGAACGAUUUUUGUCAUGAGAAAUGCUAGUGCAUUUCCACUCCUCGGGCCAAAACAAGCACUGAAGCGAUCUAGUUAAGCACCUUGCGUUGCAAUAUAGCGAUCUAUUUAAGAGAAAAAAACACACUUCUCCUGGACCUGUGAUGUGGUCUAACAGUUCGGGCAGGAAAGUGGCAGCGGAUAACAAGAAACUGUCGGCAAGAGUGUGGAUUUUAACUGUUAAAAUGAAUGCAAUGGGCGUUUCACUCAGGUUCGCUACCUUCCCAGAGAGAUGUAUCGAUCGCGUCAUUGAUUCAUGUAGCUUUGCAUUGUGAACAUGUCUGCUGACAGAUUCAGCGAGGAUUGGUUCGGAGGAAUCAGAGCUCAUUUCGUUUCUCACUUAAUGCUGCCGUUUGUUUACUUUUGAACCGAGUUGAAGGUGAUUGUUUUAUCAAGGGCUUCAUCACAUCAUUGUAAUCGCUGGCCCAUCCUCGUCACUCAAUGUCUAUUCAGUAACAUGCACUAAACCUUCGUCAGGUCUCAGCGAUGAGUCCUGGUUCAUCGGCAACACAGGAUUUUUGAAAAUCUUUUUUUUCCUAUGGGAAAGGUACAUGCCAAAUGGCCAAUAUGAUUGUGAGUCCUUAUGAGUUAGUAGCGGUUGUGUGCUUCAAUACUGUUCCUCGUGCAAUCAGUUGGUCCCCUUCCCCGUAUUCCUUUGUGCUAUUACCAGAGUUUGCCCUAUAAAGCUGCUAUCAGGACUGUGCUGAUAUGAAUGAGUCCGCAGUCAGUGAGAGCAAGAUGAAAGGAGAGUUAAAGAGCUAAUGUUUCAGGCAAUAUCAGGCACUGUCUUUCUUUCAUGACAUCCAUCCAGUACAAUAGUGUUGUGUGCAAUCCACUCCCACACAAAGGUUGGCAGCCCGGACACUUGAUCAGUACCACUCUGCGCGAACCCGCAGCCGUGAGGCCGACAGAACCCGACCGGCUCGCCGCGUCGGUCUGACGGCUGCCGGUUCGACGUGCGAUUGUCCGACGGUUCGUCUUCUGGACCUUCUCUGUGAAGCGGGAUGUGAAUCCCCCUUCAAUGUUUGACACUGACUGACAACUAUUGAGAGCAACUGAGAUUCAAACCUCUCAUUCUUGCUGUACCAGAGGUACUGAAUGCCUUGGUGUUGAUAUGUUAGCAAAUCAGGGUAUCAUUUUGUUUUUAAGUGUUUUCUCCGUACGUUUCGGUUCUGUUUUUUUGUUUUUUGUUUUUUGGUUUCUACAAUGUGCCCCAUGCACACGGACUGUAUAUACCUUGUGCCUAGUAUAUCUAGUUUCCACAUAGUCUAUUUUUGUGGUAUGUAUGUGCCUGUAAAAAUGCAAAUAUGUGUUUUUUAUUUCCUACUUGCAAUAUAUGUAUAAACAUUAGCUCAAGACUAGAAAUGACAAUGUCAGUAUUUAUUAUUUUCCCUGAUUUGGGAAAUCACAAACUUGCACAUUUUUGUUGGUUUGAGCCUUCCAACACCAUGCGCGCUGUACUUCAUGUCCUGUAGAUAUGGUAUACACAGAAAUGUGGGGCACAUUGUCGUGUUUUUACCACAACCUGCUGUGCAAGAAAUAUUUUCUACGGUGAGCGUGAACUCUGACAGGCUUCUGGUGGACAUAGACGUGAGCUUAGAUCACCUGCACACGAAUAAAUCAAAAACAAAACGCAGUGGAGUUGCCUGCACAAUAGACAUAAACAACACAAGUCGUCCUUCCUCAAGUAAACUCUGGCGCUGGUUGCACACUGAUCGUGGUCGAGCUCGACAGCAGCUUCACGCCCGGUCUGACAGAAAGCCGUGUGCAUGAUUCUGUUUUCCCAAACAGAGUUCUGUGACCCAUUCUGAGUGGGACCUUCUUAUUCUAGACAUUGUUGUGUACCGACUAUUGUACGAUAAUUUAGUUGAAUCUUUGUGUCGUAGCUACUGUAGCCUGCUUAGCUUACCUAAGCCUUCUCUCUGCUUCAGGACUCUAUGUAUCGUGUGCUUGAAUUGACGUGUGUGUGUGUGUGUGUGUUCCUGUGCCUUUCCUUCAACUAUUUCGGUCCCACUUGAGAAUAUGAUGCCAUUUCUGGGCUUGAACUACCGAGAGAGAGAGAGAGACGCCAGCACAAGCUAGAAAGUAUUGUAAACAACGAGACAAAACAACAACACCACUGUCACGAUCCCAGAAAGGACUCCAGCACAUAUCUUUAGACUUAGUAGCAUUCCACUGGCUGCAUGAGCAGCCCUGCCGCAGGCAUCCAGAUAUACUAUACCAGCACCGUGUAGACAACAGCACAGAAACAUGACACAGCAUGUGUUGUCUCUCUCGUUCUCUGGAGACCAGUCUGCAACCAUCUCAGGCUGCGCUCAGCUUCUGCUUAAACGAAAAAUCCACAACCUCAGCUUGUCUAAGUUGAUGUCUACACUUCAAGACCAGAUCAGCUCUCAGCCUUCCUCCGACGUGUUUGUUUUUCACCUCCCGGUCCCUUCAGACAGGUGGGCGCUGGAGCUGAUUUGCUCUUGGAUCCAAAAAGCUGUCUUGUCCACCACCUCUGCUUGCCGAGGUCACGGAACCGCACCCUGGUCUCUCUCAAUAAGCCGGUAUGUCAGUCAGUGGCAAUGUUGUUUAAGCGUUCGUUAAAAGACGAUACAUUGUUGUGCAAUAAAAAGA